UGCGUAUGACAACAGUUCAAAUUGUUAAAUAAAGUCGUUUUGCACAAACAACGUGUUACAGAAGACCAGACCACCGAAAAUGGACGAAUGGGAAAGAUUCAUCCACGUGGCUCAGGAGAGUCAAGAUGUCCUGUCAUUUUCAACCUUGUUUUUUCACCUUGCUGUCACCAGCCAGCUGGAGGAUGAAACCUUGAAGACCCUGUUCCGGAUCGGGGUGAAUUUCCACGGCCCCAGCAAUCUCGCAGAUAUCACCGGCUUGAACUGGAAGGAAGCCCUGUUGAAGUGUUUGGAGUGCAAACGACCCCAAUCCAGAACACUGCCGAGCCCAGUUCCCAGUCAGAGACCCACCGCAGAUAGAGUAGACGACUCUGCCGUGACGUCAGAGCCCACGCCAGGAGGAGCAGCCGAGUAUGACAUCACACCGGAGCCUGAGAGGUUCCCAUCUGAGGAGAGGUUCGAGUCAGCGGUCCCAUCCAGCUUCGAGGGAGUAGGUGUCGGAGACGAAGGGCAGGUCAGAAGCCCCGCCCACCCGCCCGUCACUGAGAGUGAGUUUUUCAACUGCAACUCAACUCCCCAACUGCCUAACCACUCUAUACUGGACUCACUGGUCCCUCCCAGCCUCCCUCUCCCACAUCCUCUCCUAGAUGUCUUGGGCAACUCAUCAUCCCAGCCUUCUUCCCUGAACCCAACCACGUCUGCUGUCCUGCCCAAGCUGUCCCCCAUCAGUCCCACUGCACCACCGUCAUCUCCUCUCAGUGACGUGGUAACAUUGCGGGCCUACUGUGAGCCCCCUCCUUCUGGGCGUGAGGAUCCCGUGGUUCCGCCUCCAGCUUCUGUCCUCGUCUCUCCUCCUCGACCCAUCACCCUGACUCCUUCACCUGCGCUCCUCCCUCCCUCGACGUCUGGUGGGACCUUCAAGCCAUCGGCUUCACGGAGCUUCCUCGGGCUGCCGGCUUCACCCAGGUCAGACGUCGUGUCACCUGCGCAACGGACUUGCGGGCCAUCUGUUGCUCUCCGGCCCUCCACCCCUACUGCUCUGGCUGGCUCUGGCUGGGGACUGGGUCACCACCUGGCUCAUCCUCCUGCUCAACCGUCCUCCUCCUGAGCCACAUACCAGCAUCAUCCAUUUCACCACUCCAUCCACUUCCUGAACCCCCUCCAGCCCUCCCCUUUGGAUAUUCCAUUACGGUGCGAGGACGCGCCUUGCCGGAGGGGGAUAUACUGUCACAGUCACCAGCACCAGCACUACGUUUCCCAGCAUCCCUUCUGUUCAGCACCCGCACCUGAAGACCUUCACCGUCAUUAUCACUCAUCAGCACUCCCUUCAUAAGCAGUCACCUUCCUCAUCUCUGUGUCCGGUCUCGUAUUUUCCAGUGCAUUUUUUUUACUUUUAUAAAUACCUUUAUAAAAUGAAUAAUGCUUUAAAUAAAAAAAAAAUCAAUAGAUACAAUGAUGAUAAAAAUGAAGUGACACUUUUAAAUAUUACAUUAAAACCAACAGUAGGUGACGGUCAGUGUUUUUAUGAGUGAAUCAUCGAGUCUUUUGUUCUUUCAGUAUCAAAGCAAGCUGCUGUAUUUAUGAAUGGGUCAUUGAAUAAUUGCCGAUUCGUUCAAUGCCGCAGAUUUGUUCACGAAUCACAGCUUGUGUGCUGCAGUUCUGCUGUGGCUUUCGGUGUAAAAUUUUUUAACAGUUUUAAUGUUAUUUUAAGAUGGAGUAGAAUCAAAUGAACAGCAAAACUCAACAUUUUGUUUGCAUACAUCAGUUUGAGAACCACUGCUGGAUAUCAGCCUACACUUUGGUCGUAGAUUUAGUCAGCAAACGAGCAGCACAAUAUAGACGGCUGAAUGACACUUUAAUUUAAGUAAAAAAUCUCAAAUGAAGAUUGCUGAACUCCAGCUUACUUGUCUUGCUUAUGGAUAGUUCAUGUUCUCAUUGUGAGAACAUGUCUAUCGUGAUGUUGAGGUCAAGGCUUGCUUACCUUGGUUCUCAAGGCCAAGCUCCCUCCCCUAUGCCCAGAUCUAGCAUUUUCUUUGGUGGCCAUCAGAGAAGCGUUACUUUCGGCAAAUAGACCGGGUGACCUGAGGAUUACGGUCAGGGCUUCCCCUCCGAGGCAAUCUCUGUAGGCCCCUCACCCCUCAAACACAUCGCAGCCUGUGGUGCUUCCAGAAGGUCACGCUGGUCCCUCACAUGGGCGACCAGCCAUUUCUUUUGUUGCACCAGCUGAUGAUCAGAUGUCGAUCGUGGCAUCAGAAGGUGAGCUCUUGCCAGGUGGCAGGAGAUCACGCAAGCGGCCCUGAGAUGGGUGACCUGGAGGUAGUCGAGAUGGCUCUUCGGAAGACUUUGAAGGACCCCAGUGAGCCUUCUUGCACAGACUUUGUGCAAAGUCAGGAAGGACGAGGAGCAGGUCUUGCUAGUUGCGGCGUACUGGCCCAACCGGACCUGGUUCCCAGAACUCACGCUCCCUCCCCCGGAGGAGGGCUGGGUGGAGAAUCUUUUGUUUCUGUUUGUUUCUGUUCCGCCAAAACAUCCUUAAAAGAGCUGUUUCCUCUUCCUCCAGGUCCCAAGAGGGCGUGUCUGCCAGUGUGCGACACUAUGCCUUGCCGCCCUCAGCCCGCUCUCAUAUCGCCAACUGGCAGUGGUGUGUGUGUGGAGGGUGCACUGAAUACGCCGUCUCACACACCUCCUGCCCCACCAUGGAACCAGGUUGCUUCCAGCACUCAGACCUCACUUUGGGCCGCGCUGCCAUCCGAUUCGGGUCCCUGGGUUCCUGCCCCACUGCAGGUACGUCUGCUGUGCCGUUGGUCCCGCUUGUUCGGAGUUUGGGCGCCUGUUUAGCGCUUCCCAACCCGUCUCGCUGGCUCAUCUGCACAAACAGACUCGGCUAUGCGACUCAGUUCACCCGGCGUCCCCCAGUCUUUCAGGAGCAUCUUGUUCACCCAUGUGCUGGUGACAGAUGCUCCUGUGCUUCAGGUGGAGAUUGAGGUUCUACUGGCAAAGGACGCAAUAGAGCCGGUCCCUCCAGCCAAUACGAAAUCAGGGUUCUACAACCCCUAUUUCAGUGUACCCAAGAAAGGCAGUGGGUUACCUUCACAGUCCCUUCACAGGCUGCUGUUCAAGAUGUUGCGUGUGGCUAUCACACCGAGCUGCCAUUAUACCCUCACCCCAUGGUCAGACCUGUGGGCAUGAGUCCCCCGGAACAAGUGUCCAGGCAUGCUGUGGUCUCCACAGAUGCCUCCACCACUGGCUGGGGGGCCACGUACAACAGGCAUGCAGUCUCAGGUCUGUGGACGGGGCCCCAACUGCAGUGGCAUAUCAAUUGCCUCGAGUUGUUAACAGUACGACAACCAUUGCGUACAUCAACCACCAGGGUGGUCUACACUCCCAUUGCAUGUUACAACUCGCCCCGCCAUCUCCUACUAUGGAGUCAGAAGCAUCUGAGGUCACUUCGUGCCAUUCACAUCCCAGGUGUGCUCAACCGUACAGUCAACGACUCCAUCCCCAGGUGGUCCAGCUGAUAUGGUGUCACUUUGGACUGCACAGGUAGAUUUAUUUGCCACCCCGGACACGACCCAUUGCCAGUUGUUUUACUCCCCAACCGAGGGGACCCUCGGCACGAAAGCACUGGCACACAGCUGGCCCCAGGGUGUGUUUCCCCCAGUGAGCCUUCUUGCACAGACUUUGUGCAAAGUCAGGAAGGACAAGGAGCAGGCCUUGCUAGUUGCGGCGUACUGGCCCAACCGGACCUGGUUCCCAGAACUCACGCUCCUCGCGACAGCACCUCCUUGGCCCAUUCCUCUGAGGAAGGACCUCCUGACUCAGAGACGGGGCAACCUCUGGCACUCACAUCCGGACCUCUGGAAUCUUCAUGUCUGGUUCUAGGUGAACUACCCCAGUCGGUGGUAGACACCAUCACUUCCACUAGAGCUCCCUCAAUGAGGCACCUCUAUGCAUUAAAGUGGAACCUGUUCAUUGAAUGGUUCUUCUCAUCAGGAGAACCCCCGAACUUGCUUGGUCAGGACAGUGCUUUCCUUCCUGCAGGACGGGUUGGAGCGAAGGCUGUCUCCCUCCACCCUCAAAGUGUAUGUUGGUGCUAUUGCCGCACAUCACGAUGCAGUUGAAGGUAAGGCUCUGGAGGAAGCACGACCUAGUCAUCAAGUUCCUGAGGGGGGCGAGAAGACCUCCUCGUCCGCACUCUAUACCCUCUUGGGACUUGUCUCUGGUGCUUACAGCUCUGGAGAGACCACACUUUGAGCCCUUGCAAUCAGAUUGUAAACUCUGUCUCUUAAGACAGUUCUCCUGGUUGCAUUGGCCUCUAUCAAGAAGGUAGGGGACCUGCAUGCAUUUCAUGCCUGGAAUUCAGCCUGGCUGACUCUCAUGUUAUCUUGAGACCCCGGCCCAGAUAUUUGGUCCGAAUUAAAUAAUAUGAUGUUCUACAUGCCUGUUAGUGUGUUUUUACAUUCCCUCGUGCACCCUGUUCGUGCAGACAUCAUACGUCAUCAGCACGUUUCAUGUUAUGCAUACAGAUACUCAGUCACGAGCACCGCAAACAAACAGCUGCCACCUUUUACAGUUCCUACCGAAUCAAAACAAUGAGCUUAUGCUGCGUUCACUUCAUGCCAUAACUACCGUAAUUAAGAGAAGGAAUUAUGCGAUUCCAUGUUGAAAGUAUCAACACCGAAAUUAAUCUGCAGCAGUCAGGUAAGCUCUCUAAGUUGUUUACCUUCAUUAUUGUAAUCUUCAUAUUCCCUUCAUACUGUAACUUUCACAUAAUGUAACUUUCAUAAUGUAACUUUUUUUUUUACUUUUUGUAAUGAUACUACUGACAGACCCUUUCUCAAUACCAAAUACGACAUAUUAUUUAUAUUAAAAUAAUAUUUUUUUAACAACGUUUAAAUUAACAACAAUAGCCACUAUAAAAUACAUAAACACAAGCAAACAAUAAACACAAUCAAAUACAUAAAAAAAAACAAAAAACAAAAAACAAGCAAACAAUUCGAGAGGGUCCGUACUGCAGAACAUGAGAUCCAGGGGGCGGGGUUGGAUCUAGAUCCAACUCCUCACACUUUACAUAUCCCUAAACCUACCCGUCUCCACCCCCUGGAUCUAAACCUACCCAUCCCCAACCCCUGGAUCUGGAUGCAACUCCUCCCACUUUACACGUCACAGAUCCCUUGUCUCCCGAACUCCAUUUCCCAUGAUCCUCCUGUUUCCACACCUGCACUCACUUCCCUCGUCAUCUCCCCAUCAGCACUCAUCAUCUUCACCUGGACUUAAUCAUCAUAACUGCCUUUAUAAUGGACUCACUCCCUUCACUCUCUGUCCGUUCUCUGUUGUGUUAAUCGUGUGUUAAGUGUGUUUAUCUCUCCUUCGUUUGAUUAAAGUACCCUUAUUGUGGAUUACCGAGUACUGCCUCUUCCAUACAGCACCACACGUGACAACAUAGCCCUUAACCUACCCUCUCCACCCCCUGGAUCUCGUGUGUUCUGCAGUGAGGGGCUACUGAACAAUUCAGUCAAACAGCCAGCAGCAAAUUCCUGAAGGACUGGCCGAGAUGAAGCUGUUCUCUGCGGGUAAAUGAACGCUGAAUGGUUGCUGACACCCUGGAACUUGCAACUGCGAAAGAUAAGAUGACCAGACAUCCCCGUUUUCCAGGGACAGUCCCGGUUUUUGGUGUUCUGUCCCUGACAGGAGCUGUCCCCGGAUAUGUCCCUGUUGUACAGUUCAUUCAAAACAACCCGCAAAUACAUUGCAAAAAAGCCCAACCAACAUACAGCAGCCUAUAGAAACAAUCAUGUAGUGAUAAUUUUUGUGAUUAUUUUUACCAACAUAUGGCACUGAGAGCUACGCUGACUCUAUCUGUUUGAGUGCCGCUACUUCCUAAAGAACGUAUCAUCAAAAGAAGCAACGUUAACGCUUUCAAGUUAGUAACCAGUUUUGGGGGUAACACAUUACAACUAACUUGAGUUAUGUAAUCAGAUUACUUUUUCACAUUUAAAAGUAAUCUUUAAAAAUAUAGAGACUGUAUGGUCCCUCUCUAUAUAGUGUUAAAGUAACACUGAAGCAGAGUUUAAGUUAAUGAGAUAAUUAAGUGAUUAAGUUAUGAUUGAGCAUUAGUGAUGAACACCUGCUGUUAACACUCACUGAAAAGAAACACAGUAACUACAAAGGACUUCCAGCCAUCCAGACAUUAAAGGUGCCCUAGAAUUGAAAAUUGAAUUUACCUCGGCAUAGUUAAAUAAUUAGAGUUCUGUACACGGAAAUGACAUACAGUGAGUCUCAAACACCAUUGUUU